AUGAACAACUCUUCUGAUCACGACUCCAGCGGUCUACGAACUCAAGAACCUUUAUUCGAUAUCUCCCCGUUCUUCACUUACUCAGUCGCUUCUCUGUAUAUUGUCAUCGUGGUGGUAGCCAUCAUUGGUAACCUGAUGGUCUCUUACGCUAUCCUUGCCGACAGAAAUCUCCGUAAUAACCCAACAAACCUCCUUCUCCUGUCUUUGGCAAUCUCGGAUCUUCUCACCGUAACUCUUGCCGUGCCAUUUGACAUUGAAUUACUUUUACUGAACGGAAAGUGGAAACAUGGCAAAACGAUGUGUAUUACCUUUCUGACGGUUUACCUCAUCACUGUACCGACAUCGAUCUUUACCCUUCUGGCAAUUAGCGUAGAUCGCUAUAAGACCCUCAAGGAUCCACUUGGUCGAUUUCGACGCUCGCAAUUUAUAACUCAGCGAAGAUCUUUGAUUGUUAUCGCACUUGUUUGGUCGUACUGCAUUGUGUGGGCACUCCUUCCGCUCAUAGGAUGGCAAGAUGGAAGUGUCGAGCCAAUUUACAAAGGUACCUGUUCGGUACCUUAUACCAUUUUCUACAACAUUCUCACUUCUAUCAUGAAUUUCAUCUUUCCGCUCCUUCUCACAUGUGUGUUUUACAUCCUUAUUUACCUCAUCGCUCGCAAGCACCGCAACGUUAACAAAAGAGGUGGAUUGCCGUCAACCUUUAGGCCCACUAAAGAAGAUAACAAGAUGUACUCAAGGAACAUGAAGGCAGCCAAAACGACAGCCAUGUUUGUAGUUGUCAUAUUUCUCUGCUGGCAGCCUUUCACCUACUUCAGCAUCAUUGCUAACCUAGUCGGUGAUGCACGGGACCCAUAUCCCUUUGAACUCUUUCUGGUUCUUCUUAUGUUAGGAUACCUUAACUCAGCGCUCAACCCCUUUCUGUUUGCCUUCCGUAACAAGAGAUUUCAAUCUGUAUAUCGGAAACUGCUUAGGUCGACCACACUGGGUAGGUUUAAGUUUCCCAGAUUCCAGAAGAGGAAAGCAGAGAAGUACGUCUUCAAUCGAUAA